GCCUAGUGCUUUCUUGCCGUAAUUAUGGAGCAUUAUGUUUCUUAGAUCAACGGCUAGCAGUUUUAUAACUUGCAGAUUAGAGACAAUCCGCGUGCUUGGAACGGGGGCAGCGUUUGUGGAAUUUUGUGACCUGUCGCCUGGUAACUGUACCUAAGACCGCUAAGCUCUCUGUGAGCUGUCAGAUUUCAGAAGUGUGGUCACCUCGGUCCAUAGCUCCCCGCUGCUAGAAGGAAAUGAGCGCUGCAGGGCUUGAAAAGCUGUAACUCCGCGGUCCACCCACAGCUAUGUCGCACUUCUUCUACCUGGCUCCAGAAAUUCUGCUUCCCUUUAGCCCUCUCACUUCGAAAGAGUUCGAAGUGAUCAGACGCAAGGCCCGAGAACUGUGGGAGGAUGAGUCUCAGUGGUCCGCUUCUUCAGUGACGACCUACUCGGGCAGUUACCGGCAAAAGCAGCUGGACGAGGCCCCGAGCAUCCGGCUGGCCCAAAGAGCCGGCCAGCGGCCGUACGAGUACAAACAGACACCAUUGCUGGGCAGCUCUGCCUACGGCACGCUACCGGGCCAGGAUGGUUCCCAGGAGGCCGCAGAUGGCAAAGGGCUCCCUGACAUAGCAAGAUCCUCUCCGGGCGCUCAGCUCACCGUCAAGCACAAAGUGGCACAUCAGGUUUGGGGUUCUGAGCCUCCUUUUUCAACACUUCUGGAUUACAGAGCUUUUCGUGUGAAACCCACAAAUCCAGGCCUUCAGCUCCUCAUGAGAUACAGGGCUAGAGGGAAAAAUCUUCUGAAACAACUUGGGCGACGACAAUGGGAUUAUGAAAGCAAGUUUGGCUCCUCGGAGGACUCAGAGACGGAUCAAUACUCCGAUUACGGCAGAGGCUCCCUGCCGAUGUUCAACUGACUUGAAGAACGAUGUAGGGCCCUAGUUCCUGCAUUAACCCAUUAAGGCAGGAGGUGUGUGUACGUGUGUGUGUGCAUGCGUGUGUGUGCGUGUGUGCAUGUGUGCUCGCGUGUGUGUGCAUGUGUGUGUGCAUGUGUCUGUGUGUGUGUGAAUAUGUACACUGGUAGCGAGGGCGCUGUCAUGAUCAUGAUUAAAUGUUCCUUCAAAGUAA